GGGAGAGCGGUGAGGAUAGAGGCCGCCACUUUCCUCGAUGCGGGUGUCAAUCGGGUUUUUAAGCAUGCCUCAUAACCACGGCUGAGGGAAGCCCUGUCGCCGGUGUUUCCUUUCUGGUCCCUUCGCUGAGGCUCCUCUGCUCUCCCCGAGGCGCCAUGCCCUGCUCUCCGGAGGAAGCCUCGGAGGAGGAGGAGGCGGAGGAAGAGCGGGGGAGGCAGGGGUCCCGAAGGAGGGAGGCUUAGGGCUGAGGACGGAGCGAGGCGCCAUGGAGGAGCGUCUGAGCCGGUGGCUGCUUCUCCCUCUGCUCCCGGCGCUGCUCUUCCUCCUGGUCCUCUACCAAUACGCCUCCUUCGGAGGGAGCUGCCCCGACAGCAACAGCAGGAGCCACCGGGCGCCCCCUCCGUCGUCCUCCCCUCGCCCUCCUCCGCCUCCUCCUGCCUCGCGCUGCCCUUAUGCUCAGCCCCGGCGGAGGCAGCAGCACCUGCAGCCGCCCCUGUGCCGCUUUGACAUGCGGGGCCGCGACGUGAUGGUCUUCCUCCACAUCCAGAAGACGGGAGGCACCACCUUCGGGAGGCACCUGGUCCGCAACAUCCGCCUGGAGCAGCCCUGCCAGUGCCGCCCCGGGCAGAAGAAGUGCACCUGCCACCGGCCCGGAGCAGCGGCAGCAGCAGCAGCGGGGGACGGCGGCAAGGCCGGGGACACCUGGCUCUUCUCCCGCUUCUCCACCGGAUGGAGCUGCGGGCUCCACGCAGACUGGACCGAGCUCACCAGCUGCGUCCCCGCCGCCAUGGAGCGCAGGAGGGGGCCGUGCCCCGGAGGAGGAGACCCAGACAGAAGCCCCAGGAACUUCUACUAUAUCACAAUGCUGAGGGACCCUGUCUCACGUUUCUUGAGUGAAUGGAAACAUGUCCAGAGAGGAGCAACAUGGAAGACUUCCCUCCACAUGUGCGAUGGGCGAAGCCCCACACCAGAGGAGUUGCCUAUGUGUUAUCUAGGAGAUGACUGGUCUGGGGUGAGCUUACAGGAGUUCAUGAGCUGCAGCCACAACCUGGCUAACAACCGCCAGGUGCGCAUGCUUGCAGACCUCAGUCUUGUUGGAUGUUACAACUUGACCUUUAUGAAUGAAAGUGAAAGAAACAUGAUCCUCCUCCAAAGUGCCAAGAACAACCUGAAAAACAUGGCAUUUUUUGGACUCACUGAAUUUCAGAGAAAAACUCAAUAUCUCUUUGAGAGGACCUUCAAUCUGGAGUUCAUUUCCCCUUUCACUCAGUACAAUAUUACACGGGCCUCCAAUGUGGAUAUCAGUGACUCAGUGCGGAAACGCAUAGAAGAACUGAACUUCUUGGAUAUGCAGCUGUACGUAUAUGCUAAAGACCUAUUUCUGCAGCGCUUUCAAUAUGCUAAACUAGAAGAGCAUGAACAAAAUCGCCAAAAACGACGGGAAGAGCGAAAAAUAUUGCAUGAACAGAAGCUCCGUGAAUGGGAAAAGGAAGAAGAAGCAGAAGCAGUAGCUGUUACUGAGGAUUAUAACAGUCAGGUAGAACGAUGGUGAUUUGCCCUCGUGUGUGCAGCGACACACCCAUACACAUCCAUAUGUGCACAGAGACACUAAUUGAACAUUGAACUUAAUUAUUCAGUGGUGAAUUACUAUAUGGACCUCUUGUUGAUUUUGAUAAGCUGAAAGAGUCAUUUAGUCAUCUUCACUAUUUUAUGUCCCUAUAGAUUUUGUCAUUCAUCAAAACAAUAUGUUACAUUUUCCAGUACACCCUAAUCAGUAUGUUUCAGUUGGUUAAUGAAUAGCUCUUUCUUCAAAAUAAGGUACCUGCAUAAGCAGUAUCCUCCAUGUUCUUGUCUUGGUGUUUAAAGGUUUUCCUAAUAGCUUUGGGCUAGUGGAAACUAUAAAAGUUGGUAAAAGUUUGAAAUCUAAUUUCCAAGGAUUGAUCAUAAUAUAAAUUUCCAAGGACUGAUCGUAUUGUUCUUUAUGCUAUGUAUGUUCAGAGUGAAUGUAGCAGAACAAAGCAUGCUGCCCUUCUAUUAUUUACAGGCAGAGUUUUGGGUAAGGAGGGAAUCCUGGCAUCUAAUUACAUUUGGGGUACCAUACAACAGAAACUGGGGAGUCAAACAUACUAAGCUGAAGGGACCUUGAAGGUUGGCUUAAUUCUCAUUACACAUUUUUUUGAAGCCAAACUACUCAGACUGGCACAGUUACUAGCCUACAUUUAAGAAGUCCUGUAGCUAACUUGGAGGUUUUGAAAGCACAAAAUGUGGAGCAACUAACAUGUGUUCCUCAAUAGUAUUUUCCUUAUGAUGAGUCCAUAAUGCUGGUAGUGGUGGGGUCCUAAAAGGGCUCAUAAGAGGAUAAAACAGGAAGCUGAUUGAUUUAUCAAGAUUUCUGUGGAAAGUUUUUGCUGAAGCUAAGUUAUUCUGUGACACACAACUUUCUUCCAGACAAUGCAUGAAAGCGUGCCAACUUUGGGUAGAUCUCAAGAGGUUUGUGCCAAAAGGUUUCAAGCUUGUGCGCAAAUCUUUGUACAAUCUCAUUAUCUUGAAUCUCUAGUUCUUUCAUAACAUAUCAUUGGAAGAGUCUUCAGAUGAGCAGGAUUUGAAACAUAAACAUAUAGCACAUCAGGUUUUUAUUUAGAUUUUGGAUUAAAAUAUUGAUUUCAGUAGUAAAAUUCUAAUUUGUAGGCUAUAAACAUGAAUGGUAGAACCCAGGACAUUAAUAUAUAUUUUUAAAAAUCGAAUUCUUCCACCAAAAUAAUCUUACAGCUUUAAUGCUGAAAAACCAGGGGAAUUUAUAAUGCUUCAGUUUUGGAUGCUGAAGAAUUCUGAAGAUUUUGAAAUCCCUUAAUGCUGUGUAUUAUUAAAGUUUAUGUUUAAGUUUUACUUCCUUCACCUUAAGAUUCCUAUGUGCUACUGCAACUUCUCAUCUUCAUUUGCUUUAACAAUGUCUUAUGCCAUAAUACUAUGCCAUCUAAAGCUUUAUUUUCAAGGCAGCUUUAAAAUGCACCAUGCUUUCAGUUUCAGAAUGCAAGUUGUCAUGUUUGACUGGCUUUCCAUAUAUCUGCUAAUCAGGUGGAAAAUGAGGCAACUGGGAUAGACAGAUUCUCCCUCUAGCACUGAGCUGAGGAUGUGCCUCAGGCCACACUCCCCAUCAGCCCUACCAAGAAUAGCUACAGUGAGGGAUAAUAGGAAUUGUAGUCCAAAAACAUCUGAAGGGUCACACAUUCCUCAUUCAUGGGUCAAGACACGGAGCAGUGUUUUCAGAUGAGCUGCUUUCCAAUUUUUUUCCCCUGAAGUGCAGACACAUAUAGUCAAAUUUUAAACAGUGCUGUGGCAAACGGCAAAUAUUCUUUUCUACUUGUAUGUACAAAAUGCUGCUCUUUCAUCUAACAGUGUUACUGCUGGUUAUCUCAGGUCCAGCUCUGUAUCUGCAAAUGGUUUUGUCACCAUUUGUGGCAGCAAAGAAGAACAGUAAGGGAACAAAGAGGGACAAAAGACUGAAAGAGUAUUAAAACUGGUAGUUUUUGGUUUUUUGCAAAAGCAGACAUAUACCCAGUCUGCGAGGCCCAGCCCAGACCUUGUGCUUUUGGCCUUUGCUUUGUAGCUCUUUACCUCAUCCUUGUUUUCAGCUCUGGCCAACAGCCCACUCUUCAGUAUCUGCUUUACACAGCUUGGAAUUAAUUCACUAAUUAACUCAUUUAGCUGUUAAUUCAGUGGGCUUUUCUAGUAAACUUGCUAGAUUACCCAAUUAACUCCGAAGGUUUUUUGGGGGAAAACACUGUCGUAGAAUAGCCUGUUAGAAUUCAUUAGAACUUAUUAGGCUGGUUACAUCUCUGUUACAUGCAAGUAAAGAGGAAGGUUUGCUGCUUCAUGAGAAGAAAUAUUUUAAAAUGGAAGAAAUAUAUACUUCUGUUGUUAAAGUCGGCUGACCUGUGAAAAGGAGAGAGAAGGGAGCCCAGGUUAAAGAAGACCUGUGCUUGGGAAAGAAGAAUCAAGGUGAGUCUUGGGAUUCAGUAGUGGUGGAGAGGAGCGUUAAUUUGCUUAAUGGAAGACCAGAGCCUUCAAGCACCCAUGGCGCUUUCAAAUGGUCAGGUUUUUAUGCCUGAAAAGCAGGGAUCAUUUUCUUCUCCCUGCUUACCUGUAUAGAAAGAAGGAAAAGGUUUGGAUUCUUGAUGUGGAGGAGUGAUGGAGCAUUGUGACUCUCUUCAGUAAUUUCUCUAUUGAUUUAAUUCUGGAUUAGCUUCUAUUGUAUAUUAUUGUAAAACAUACAAUCCUUUUGAACUGCAGUGAAUCCCUCUGUAAUGUCGCAUAUGCAUUACUAUGCAUCUGAUUAAUGAAGUGAACAAUCUUCCUUCAAUCCAUCCCACAUGUUUAUGUUGUUUUCUCCCACUUCCUCCCAUUCUGUUUUUUUAUCCUCUUCCUCCUUUUUAUCCUUCCUUUUAAUUAUACAAUUAAAGAUAUGAUGAAUGCAGAAAAGAGUGUAGUUGAUAGAUAUCUCAUCAUUAAAACCAAAAAUUCUAGAUUAUAUUUGAGAUUUAUAGAUUAUAUAAUAGCAAAAUGUGUUCAGAGGAGGUUUUCCAUUGCCUUCUUCUGAGAAAGUGUGACUUGCCCAAGGUCACCCAGUAGGGAUUCGAACCCUGGUCUCCGGAGUCAUUGUCCAAUACCCAAACCACUGCACCAUGCUGGCUGUAAACAGUAGUAUGGAGAAGGCUUAUUUAACUGGGAAAAAUGGUGCUCUGAGGAAGUAAUAUUCUCCAUGUCCUAUUACCGCCUCUGUCUAAUCCUUUUUAUCCUUGUCUUGCUGCUGCUGUCGUGUACCUUCAAGGUGUUUCCAACUUAUGGCAACCCUAAAGGGUUUUCUUAGCAAGAUUUGUUCCAAAGGGGAUUGCCUUUGCUUUCCUGCAAAGGAAAAGGCUGAGAGAAUGCUAUGACUUGCCCAAGGUCACCCAGUGGGUUUCCAUUGCUGAGUGGGGAUUUUGAAUCCUAUGUCUAUGAAUGUCCUAGUCCAAUACCCAAACCACUAUACCAUGCUGGCUUUCACUCAUGCUUGCUAUUUUAUUUUGACUGUAUGAGAUUCUAAUCAUAGAUCUUCACAUUCUGUCUAGUUCCCUUCCUUAUUUAAUUCACAAUACGUUUCUGUUUUGCUGAUAAACCACCAUUUCCUAAUGCAUCAAACUCAUUGUUUAAUUUAUUAGGCAAUGAUGUGACAAGUUGAGUCAAGUGGAGUUUUUGCUUCACUCAGUGAGUUUCAUGAACCUGGGGGAAGCGUCGAUUAUUUCACAAGUUAGGCAAAGGUGCCGCUGAGUGUUAUAAAUUAGGCACACACCACAUAAAUCAUAUAGUCUCAUGACUCCGAGUGGAGGUAUUUCCACUUUCAUGAAUUAGGCACAAGCUUUGUUUAAUUUAAAAUUUAUUAAAGGGCGGUGCAUAAUUCGUAACCUAAAACAACACGUUGCUUUUUUCAUUAACAAAACAGUUUCGUUAAUUUAGCAUAACAAGCCUUAGGCAGGAACUCUUUAAAAGCCCAUUUGUAUUCUAAUUAUUAUUCACCAACCCCCCCUUUUAAAAGCUACAAAAGAGCUUUAAAAUCCUUUUAUGUUCUUCUCCAUAAUUUGCUGAUAGUCUCUGUGUCAUAUCAGCAAAAAGAUGCUUAAUUAUAAACAGAGAGGGCCAGAUUCUCAGCUUGCUUCUUCCAGGUUUCAAUGGCAUUUUUAAGGCUUAUCUUUUAGUGAGGCUUGAAAUGAGGUCAGGAAUUAGCUAAUGAUGUCAGUCCAUUCUGCGAGCAUCAAGUGUAUGCCUAUAUACUGAAAGGAAAUUCAUUCCCCAAAUGUGAAUCCUUAUGUGGCCAAAACAACCCUCUCUUUCUACAUACAUAGAAAGACAGAGAGGGCAGAGGUAUCUACAAAGUUGGAGGAAUCCCAAGGUUUGCAGGAAUAUAAAACAUUUUCAGAGAAAAGCUACCUGGAGGGGGUAUUCCUAAAGAAGCCAAAUGAGGUUGAGCAGGCUCAGUGGAAUACUGGCUGUUUGCAUGGGGGCAUGGAAAUCCAUAAAGAAGGGAAGGAAGGGUUCUUUACUAGUGUAGCUCCAGAUAUUGUUGGACUUAGAUGCCCAGAAAACUUCACUGCUGCACAUGGUGUCUGGGGCCUCUGGAAAUGGAAGUCCAUCAAACUCUGACAUCCUGCAACUGAAAACCACUGGAAUAAGAGUAUCUUGCAAGAGUGUGUGUCUAUCUGACUGAGAUCUCUAAACAUCAGCAGUAGGCAUCCAUUAUUGUUGUAAAUAAUAUUUGAACUCUGGUUCUUUUAAAUUAUACUGACGCUAAAAUAAUACUUUCAUCUAGCUGCUUGCAGGUGCUGCGAAAGAAACAUUUGUUCCCUGUAGGAAUUGUGUGCUUUUUGUUCUUUGGCCUAAGGCUCCCAAAGUAGGUCUGCGUGUUUUAGCAGUAAUUGGCAGGGAAUACCCAGCAAACAGAAGACUUUCCACCUUAGCUAGUUGGGACUUGCAUUCUUAGCAAGUUGUCUUUGACAACAAAUCAAUCAAUAUCCCUUCCGAGUUUCCCCCACCCACCUGAAACUGUCAAUUUACUCUAAAUAUAUGUGUUUGGGUGCAAAUCCACAUUUUUCUCCACCAAGCAUUGUACAGUCUGCUGUUUCUCACAGGACUGUUGAAUAGUGAUGAGAAUAGAAAGCUGCUGCAGCUCAGAAACUUACUGUGCAAUUUAUUUUUAUGGAAACAGAUCCGUUAUCAAAACCAAGCAAUAUGUGAGCUAGCCCAAUUUCAUGCCCCAAAAUAAGGGUGCACAUUGAAAUUCUUUGGUUGCAUACCCAUUCCAAUCUGUAGGAUAAAUAUAACAAGGAAGUUUCUGUUCUGAGGCUUUUAUAGAGAGAAGGAAAAAAUAGCACAGAACAAAUAUAUCUAUUUCUAACACACCUUGGCCUGAAUCCUAUUGUUUCUUCCACCUACAGUAGUCCCAUUACAUCAGUGGGAUUUAAAUAGGUGUUGACUCACAGUUCAGCACUUGAUUCAAUGGUUCUGCUUCAUCUGAGACUAGCAGAACAAUUCAGGCUCUUGAGUGAAACUUGGUAUAGUCUCCAAAGUCUACUAAAAUUUGCUUUGAAUGACAGAGCCAUUCCUUGGGAUAGGAGUUAGACAUCCUUUUUUAUUUGUUUCUGCUUGCUUGACUUUAUCACAAAAAUCUCAUAAGCUAUGUUCUUUAUAUAUGUGACACAUAUUUAAACUGAAUUGGAUUGAACUGAUUUUUUACCAAGACAUGAUCCCCAUAGACUGAGACCUAUAGACAACAGCUACCUGUUUCUGCCUAAGAGCAAGCAACUUGCUACACACAGUAUGUAUCGUAACAUGCCUUACUUGGCAAUAUUGUGCGGCUUUUAGAUGUGGAGCUGAACACAACAUAUUUAUUUUCUAUUCUUAAGAAACUUCAAAUAUCUUGAUAAAUGAAACAUGUCUGAGAUCAAGUUUUAUAUCGUGGCUGUCACAAAAAACAUUGGAAGUGGUUCAAUUCCAAAAGUAAAUCAUUUCCAUUACAUUAAGAGUUUUCACACACCACCAAUUCAUGUUGUUGGCAGUGAGGGAAAGCUGACUGUGCACAUAAUAAAUACAAUCGCAUAGUAAGUGGUUUUUGCAUGCUAUAGCUGCCAUACAGUGUAGUUUCAAUAGGCAUCUGUAGAACUUGGCACAUUGCUUUUUAAAUGUAAAAUCUUAAUAUCACCCAUUGCUUUUUUUUAAACAAAAAUUACUUUUCUGUUCUCCCCCCCCCCAAAAAAAAUAUACUUAGGAAAAUGGCUCAGAAUUUCCUAAACCGAACACACACGCCCCAAUGUUGUGGUGGUAAGGGGAAAACGCUGUAAAAUUCUGUUGAAGACACGGGAGAUUAUCACAUGAGGGAUGGGAUGCGGGAAGGACUUUUAUACAUGACCCACACUUGACCCAGCAGGGAAGCGCAAGUGAGAGUGAUCACACAAAUCACUUUCACACUGCAGCUGGCUGAAAAGUGCUUUCAGCCAUCAUUUUCAGUCUUUUGCAACAACAGAAGAACCUGUUACUACCAUGAUGGCUGAAAGCACUUUCAGCUGAGAGCAAUAAUAAUUUUCACCCAGCUGCAAUAUGAAAGUGAUUUGCACAAUCACUUUCACUCAGGCCAUGGACAGGAUAAGGAGGGGGAGUGAUCCCAUCCCUAUCCCGUGAUAAUCUCCAAUGUGAUUGCAUGUUCAAACUACUUUUGGAAUCAACGAAUGCUAUUGGCCUUGAUUUAGACUAAUAGGGUUACAGUGACAACAUAAACUAUUCCAUUACAUCAAUGGGGUGAAAGUUAUUGUCACAACACAGUCAUUACAAAGCUAAGAACUGAUGACCACAGCCUUUGCCUGAACAUCCUUAAGAGGACUUUCCUGAAUUUCAACCCCACAGAUGUUCUGGCAUUGCUCAGUUAGCAACUGUGUUUUGGAAACUUGGCAUGUGUACCCAUAUGCACGCCCAAUGCAGAGCGACAGUGGUCAACUGUGUUUGUCCAUGGAGUCUACUUGGUUAGACUAGCCAUCUGCCAGCAAGAAUAACUAUUGGUUUUAGGGUUAAGGAUUAGAGUCUAGAGGUGAGAGUGGCAAUGCCUUUAGCCAUAAGACAUUUUGCUCACAUGUGUUUCAGUGGCGCUCUCAAGAAAUUGAUUUUGUUACCUGCACCUGUUCUGCAUCAUUCUUGUCCCCCCCCCCCAUGCUUUGACUCAGUCAGAGCUUGAUUUAGAUUAGUGCUGGAACACAGCUGCAAAUGCAAAUUAUUCUGUCACUAAGUUGCUUGUUAUUAUGCCAUGUUAUUAGCUUGCCAGUAUUGGGAAAUCACUGGCUUCCUAAAUUUACCUUUGAUUUAUGAGUAAUAAGAAGGGAGAUUCUUGAAGUGUCAACUGAACUGGGGGG